AGCUGAAGUCCAUUGUCAUAAUAAUAUCACACAUGUUUCAUAUUUUAAUAGUUAUGACUAGUAGGAAUAUAUAUGGAAUGUUGUGUUUGGAAGCUAUAAUAUAAAGCUGUAUACUUCGUCAUCCUUUUAUUGUUAAUGUAGUUAUCAAUCAGCUAUCUCCGCGGAGCCAUAGAUAAAUCUAUAUCUGUAAUUUGUACUAUCCAAUAUUUGAUUCAACGUAGAAUACGUAAACGACACGGAUAUUAUAUCUGGAAGAUGGGAGCAUCCGACGGAGAAGAUCGUUCAGUCUACGAGACUUCGGAAGUAUGCGAGGUAGUUGAUUCAUUUGAAGGACUUGGGUUACGUGAAGAAAUUUUGAAGGGUAUUUUUUCAUAUGGUUUCGACAAGCCUUCGGCCGUUCAGCAACGUGCCAUAAAGCCCAUCCUUGAUGGACGGGAUGUCAUUAUACAAUCGCAGAGUGGAACAGGCAAAACAUGCGUAUUUUGUUUAGGCGCACUACAGAUAGUAAAUCCAGCAUCGAAACAGACACAAGUGCUGCUCCUUUCACCAACACGUGAGCUUGCUGAGCAAUCCCAAAAGGUUUGCUUGGCCCUGGGUGACUACUGCAACGUUGAAGUGCAUUGCUGUAUAGGUGGCAAGCGUGUAUCUGAUGAUAUAAAGGCAUUAGAAUCGGGUGUACACAUUGUAUCGGGGACUCCUGGCAGGGUCAAUCAUAUGAUAGCUGAACGUCACUUAAACACUAGGAAUAUCAAACAGAUGAUUCUUGAUGAAGCCGAUGAGAUGCUUAAUCGUGGAUUCAAAGAUCAGGUGUAUUCUAUAUAUAGGUAUUUACCUCCAACAUUGCAGGUCAUUUUAGUAUCUGCUACCUUGCCCCAAGAAGUGGUGGAAAUCACAGAGAAGUUCAUGAACAACCCAUUCCGCGUGCUAGUUAAACGUGAUGAACUUACACUAGAUGGUAUUAAGCAAUUCUUUGUGGCUGUCGAAAAGGAACAGUGGAAGUUCGACACUCUCUGCGAUCUCUACGAGUCACUUAUCAUCACCCAGGCCGUUGUUUUCUGCAACACCCGCGAGAAGGUCGAUUGGCUGGCUAAGCGUAUGCAGGAUUCAAAUUUCACAGUAUGCAAAAUGCAUGGUGAAAUGUCACAAAAAGAACGUAAUGAUAUUAUGCAACGGUUUCGACGUGGAGAGUCACGUGUAUUGAUAUCAACAGAUAUUUGGGGACGUGGCCUUGAUGUUCAACAGGUGUCACUUGUAGUAAACUACGACCUGCCAAACAGUCGUGAGAACUAUAUUCACCGCAUAGGACGCUCCGGUCGUUACGGUCGUAAGGGGGUUGCAAUUAACUUUGUCAAGGAUGAUGACAUUCGCAUUCUACGUGACAUAGAACAGUAUUACUCAACGCAAAUUGACGAAAUGCCAAUGAAUAUCGCUGAACUCCUUUAAACAUCGCAAACACAUAUAACUCCUGUUACGCAAACGCGCGUCAUUAAAUUUGGGGAAUGUUGCACUUCCUUCCCUAUUUGAAAAAUCAUUACGGAUUCUAGCGAGGUUUAGAAUA